AGUUGUCCUUCAUUUCUCAAACUUCAACCGACAGUUUUCCCAUGGCCCAGUAGAAGGCUCUGCGCUACCAGUAAAAUUUGUUCAAGUUUGUCAGAAGGUGGUUUAUCAAUUGUUUGCCUGUUGGAAACUAUUAAACUAGCUAUUAAACUAUCUUGUCUACCCAGCUGCUUUCAAACACUGUAGCUAACUGAAUUAGAAAAGGAUGCUACAAUAGAUUACCCACAGUACUUUAAAGCCAUGAGAAUAUCUAUGCUGCUUCUUUUUUGCCCGGCAAGAGUUUUCCUCAUCUCUGCAAUAAUAAGCUUCCUAAAUUUGCAUUGCUCCAGUGGAGAAAGGGAUAAUUUCCUUCAACUAAAUGGAGCUGAUGUCAAUGUGACCAAAGGAAGAUGGCGCCGAUCUCCAAACAACCCACCACAGCCCAUUGAUUGUACGCUUUCCAGUUGGUCAUCAUGGAGCAUUUGUGAUCCUUGCCAGAAGAAAAGGUACAGAUUUGUCCAUGUGGAACGGCCUUCUCAGUUCGGCGGUGACCCGUGUGAUUACGCUGACAAAGAAACUGAAGACUGUGUUACAAACAGACCUUGCAGAAAUACAGUUAGAUGUGAAGGAUUUGUAUGCGCCACAGGAAGAUGCAUUAAUCGGCGGCUGCUUUGCAAUGGAGAAGAUGACUGUGGGGAUCAGUCAGAUGAAAGGAAUUGUAAGAGAAUGCAAAGGAGGUGCACCCAGGCACUAGAACAAUACUGGGCAAUACAGAACGUAGCAAGUGGAAUAAAUAUGUUCACCAACAAUCUGGAAGGACUGGUUCUUGACCAUAAAUAUUAUGCUGGAGCAUGUUCUCCACACUAUAUUGCAGACACCGGUUUUAGAAAACCAUACAAUGUAGAAAGCUAUUUGGCAGAGACCAGAGGCAAAUAUGAAUUUACAUUGAAUGAAUAUGCAUCCUAUUCAAGUUUCGAACAGAGUGUCUCCAAGGCAAAAAUGAAACAAGAAAGCUUCAGCUUCGGAAUAUCAAUACCGAAGUUAUUUGACUUAAGCUACACUCAGAAUGACAACAGGUACAAGAAGUUCAUUCGGAGGACAAAACGAUUUUCUUCAACGUCUAGCAAAUUUCUCCAUGCACGUGCAGAACUGGAGGUUGCCCAGUAUAAACUGAAGACUCGAGACUUGAUGCUUCACUAUGAGUUCUUCCAGAGACUUCUUCGCUUGCCUAUAGAGUACAGUUAUGGGGAAUAUCGAGAUCUCUUCAGAGACUAUGGAACACAUUACAUCACAGAAGCAACGCUUGGUGGCACUUAUGAAUAUACUUUGGUCAUGAAUAGUGAAGAGCUUCAGAAAGCAGGCUACUCUUUUGAUGAUGUCCGGUCUUGUACUCAGAAUGGACUUAAAGUUGGUGUAACUAUUUAUGGUGUCCAUGUAUCAGCUGGCAUAACAGUUGCAGGUUGUGAUGCUAUUUUAAAGGAAAUUGGAGACACCACGUCAGAAAAGAAAUUUGUGGAAGAUUUUAUUGCUCUUGUUCGUGGAGGAGCAAGUGAAUAUAUCACAACUCUUGCUAACAAAGACCUGCCGACUGCAGAACUGAUGCAAGAGUGGGGAGAUGCUGUUCAGUACAACCCCGAAAUCAUCCGGAUGAAGGUGGAGCCGCUUUAUCAAUUAGUGACUGCAGCCACCUUUGCAAAUGCAAAUACGCUGAAACAAAAUUUGAGGCGUGCCCUGGCGGAAUUCCAACAGGAAACCGAUAGCUGCCAUUGUGCUCCAUGCCAGGGCAAUGGAAGCCCCUUUAUAAAAGGGACUCGCUGUGACUGUCUUUGUCCCCUAGGACAUCGGGGUCUUGCCUGUGAGGAGACACUAAGAACAAACGUUGCUAUAGAUGGGAACUGGAGCUGUUGGUCCAGCUGGGCUGCAAGUUCUGGAAGGCAGCAGACAAGAAGGCGGGAAUGUAACAAUCCUCCUGCCCAAAAUGGUGGCAAUCCAUGCUCAGGGCUAGAUGUUGAAACCGCUUAGUGAAAUAUUUGAAAAGUUAUUUGGAAGAGAUUACAUAAGAAUGUUCUUAGAAUAUGAUAGAGGCUGUAGAUUUUUGUUCAGUAAUUCCAAGAUAAGUUUCCCUAUAUUAUUUAGAUCAUCAGAAGUCAUCUGAAGUGGCUGUGGCCUAAUCUAAAACCCUCUCUCAAGCAUGGGAAUAAAUUUCCCAAUUUAUUCAGUGGAUGGAGUAGAUCAGCUCAGUUCCUGUGUCUCAUUAACCAAGCAAUCAUGCCAUCCCCUUGUGCAGGAAAUUUGUUUGCACAUUUAAGUGAAUAUGAUCUUUGGGAUAUCAAUUCUAUGAAAAAUAUAAUCAAUACAAAUAUAUUCUGAACAUACAGCAAAUAUACUUAAAAUAUUUUACGCAGCUUUUUUGUGUUUGGGUAUUGUUGUUUUUGCAAAAUACUUUGUAAUAUUAAUGGACACAUCUGCCCUUUUACUGUUUUUUAAAAAACCAUCACUUUUUCAGACAGUUAAAUAAAGCAAAAUCUAGUUUAUUAUUUGGCUGAGUCUCAAUUAUUUGCUGUGAAUACUUUUUCCAAUUGUGCAAUCUUAUGCAUGUUUACUCAAAAGUAAGUCCCACUGUGUUUUAUGGGGCUUACUCCCAACAAAGUGCACGUAGAAUUGUAGUAUAAUAGCCACUGAAGGGUGCUUCAUCCUAUUGAGUUACACAGGAUAAAUGUAAGCUUAAUCCUCAGUCACUGCAGCCUCAUCAAAUGUAAAACUUGAAUUUGAUGCGGUACUGAGAUACCCACUUUCCCUGUUACUGCAUCAAACGUAAAUUGUUUAACCAAUUAGAUUUCGCCUUAAAGGGGAAUAAGUGAAUUGUGAAGUACUCUCAAAUACCUCUGUGACACCCAAUAAUUUCAAAGCUGUGUAAUAAUGACAUGCUUAUUCAUCUGAUGAUUUCCCCCUGUAGAUUACUCUGUCGAAGAAAUAUAUUCACAAGCAUCCUGGAACUUAAUGUAAAAAUUGAAAUGAAAUAAAUGCAUACAGUUCAUG